CCAGGUGCGGCAUACUGAAGCUGUGCUGCGCAGAUAUACACCGAAAACGAUACUGCGCAGCACACUCCUAAUUCGGCGCUGCGCAGCCCAGCAUCGAGAGGCAUGCGGAGUCCCAGCGCUGCGCAGCUCAGCAUCGACAGGCAUACGGGGCCCAGCGCUGCGCAGCCCAGCAUCAACAGACAAUGUAGCGCAGCGCGGCGCCUUUGAGGAAAUCCACUUGCAGCCAUUUUCUGCUCUUUGUGUCUCUCGGAAUAGGAGGCGGGCGGCGCGCUGGGCGCAGAGAGCAUCAUUCGCUCCGCCAUCCUGCACGCCUGAACGAAAAGGUUGCUGCCGUGAUCCUGGUUGGGGCGAUUUUCUGCAUCCUGAGAAAACGGGCAUGCGAGUGGCAGAAUAAGAGUUGAUUUGUUUACAAGCUGUUACCAUGACCACCCAUGUUACUUUGGAAGAUGCUCUCUCAAAUGUGGACCUUCUGGAGGAGCUACCCCUUCCAGACCAGCAACCAUGCAUCGAACCUCCACCUUCGUCCAUUAUGUACCAGGCGAACUUUGAUACCAACUUUGAAGACAGAAAUGCAUUUGUCACUGGGAUCGCCAGAUACAUCGAACAAGCCACAGUUCACUCCAGCAUGAACGAGAUGCUGGAGGAGGGUCACGAGUACGCCGUCAUGCUGUACACAUGGAGAAGCUGCUCCCGGGCCAUUCCACAGGUAAAAUGCAACGAACAACCCAACCGUGUAGAAAUUUAUGAAAAGACAGUAGAAGUUCUUGAGCCUGAAGUCACAAAACUGAUGAAGUUCAUGUACUUUCAGCGUAAAGCAAUUGAGCGGUUCUGUAGUGAGGUGAAACGCUUGUGUCAUGCUGAAAGGAGAAAGGACUUUGUGUCAGAAGCCUAUCUUUUAACGCUGGGGAAGUUCAUUAACAUGUUUGCUGUGCUUGAUGAGCUGAAAAACAUGAAAUGCAGUGUAAAAAAUGAUCACUCGGCCUAUAAAAGAGCUGCACAGUUUUUACGGAAAAUGGCCGACCCUCAGUCAAUUCAGGAAUCACAAAAUCUCUCGAUGUUUUUGGCAAAUCACAACAGAAUUACCCAGUGCCUUCAUCAGCAGUUGGAAGUAAUCCCUGGAUAUGAAGAGCUGUUGGCAGACAUCGUAAACAUCUGUGUGGAUUACUAUGAAAAUAAGAUGUAUCUGACUCCUAGUGAGAAGCAUAUGCUGUUAAAGGUGAUGGGAUUUGGUCUGUACUUGAUGGAUGGAAAUGUGAGCAACAUUUAUAAACUGGAUGCCAAAAAGAGGAUCAACCUUAGUAAAAUUGACAAGUUUUUCAAGCAAUUACAAGUGGUGCCUCUCUUUGGAGACAUGCAGAUAGAACUUGCCAGAUACAUUAAGACCAGUGCUCACUAUGAGGAAAACAAAUCCAAGUGGACGUGUGCUCAGAGUAGCAUCAGCCCACAGUACAACCUUUGUGAACAAAUGGUUCAAAUCAGGGAUGAUCACAUUCGCUUUAUCUCUGAACUGGCCCGCUACAGCAACAGCGAGGUUGUGACAGGAUCUGGAUUAGACAGCCAAAAGUCAGAUGAAGAGUAUAGAGAACUUUUUGAUUUGGCGCUCCGAGGUCUUCAGCUGCUAUCAAAAUGGAGUACUCAUGUUAUGGAAGUGUAUUCGUGGAAAUUAGUGCAUCCAACUGACAAAUUCUGUAAUAAGGACUGUCCAGGAACCGCAGAGGAAUACGAAAGGGCUACCCGCUAUAAUUACACCAGUGAGGAGAAAUUUGCUUUAGUAGAAGUGAUUGCCAUGAUAAAAGGACUCCAGGUACUCAUGGGUAGGAUGGAAAGUGUCUUCAACCAAGCCAUAAGGAAUACUAUUUAUGCAGCCUUGCAGGAUUUUGCUCAGGUGACACUUAGAGAGCCUCUACGACAAGCUGUCCGGAAAAAGAAAAAUGUACUUAUAAGUGUUCUUCAGGCAAUAAGAAAGACAAUUUGUGACUGGGAGGGAGCCCGUGAACCACCGAAUGACCCUUGUUUGAGAGGUGAGAAGGAUCCUAAAGGGGGCUUCGAUAUCAAGGUGCCUCGGCGAGCAGUGGGGCCGUCAAGCACACAGCUUUAUAUGGUGAGAACUAUGUUGGAGUCUCUCAUCGCUGACAAGAGCGGCUCCAAGAAAACAUUAAGAAGCAGCUUGGAUGGGCCAAUAGUCCUUGCAAUUGAGGAUUUCCAUAAGCAAUCCUUUUUCUAUACUCAUCUGCUCAAUUUUAGCGAAGCCCUCCAGCAGUGCUGUGAUUUAUCCCAACUUUGGUUCAGAGAAUUCUUCUUAGAGUUGACAAUGGGACGUAGAAUCCAGUUUCCAAUUGAAAUGUCAAUGCCAUGGAUUUUGACAGACCAUAUUCUGGAGACCAAAGAGCCUUCUAUGAUGGAGUAUGUUUUGUACCCCUUAGACCUCUACAAUGAUAGUGGAUACUAUGCCCUGACCAAAUUUAAGAAACAGUUUUUGUAUGAUGAAAUUGAAGCUGAGGUGAAUCUUUGCUUUGACCAGUUUGUUUACAAAUUAGCGGACCAGAUUUUUGCUUAUUAUAAGGCAAUGGCUGGCAGUGUUCUUCUAGAUAAGCGAUUCAGAGCAGAAUGUAAGAACUAUGGAGUGAUCAUUCCGUACCCCCCAUCCAACCGCUAUGAAACACUUCUUAAGCAAAGACAUGUUCAGCUUCUCGGAAGAUCCAUUGAUCUUAACCGAUUGAUUACACAAAGAAUAUCAGCGGCAAUGUAUAAAUCUCUGGAUCAUGCAAUUAGUCGAUUUGAGAGCGAAGAUCUCACAUCUAUAGUGGAAUUGGAAUGGCUGAUAGAAGUGAAUCGCUUGACCCAUCGUCUCCUCUCCAAGCACAUGACCCUCGACAGUUUUGACGCCAUGUUCAGGGAAGCCAAUCAUAACGUGUCAGCUCCGUAUGGGCGUAUAACGCUUCAUGUUUUUUGGGAGUUGAACUUUGACUUCCUUCCAAACUACUGCUACAAUGGAUCCACAAACAGGUUUGUACGGACCGCCAUUCUUUUCACUCAGGAGCCACAAAGAGACAAGCCAGCAAAUGUCCAGCCCUACUAUCUUUAUGGGUCAAAGCCAUUGAACAUUGCCUACUCUCACAUCUACAGCUCAUAUAGAAAUUUUGUGGGGCCACCUCAUUUCAAGACAAUAUGCCGGCUCCUCGGAUACCAAGGCAUUGCAGUGGUAAUGGAGGAACUUCUCAAAAUUGUCAAAAGCCUGCUUCAAGGCACAAUUCUGCAGUAUGUAAAAACAUUAAUAGAAGUGAUGCCCAAAAUAUGUCGCCUGCCAAGACACGAGUAUGGCUCUCCAGGAAUUUUAGAGUUUUUUCACCACCAGCUGAAGGACAUAAUUGAAUACGCAGAACUGAAGACGGACGUAUUCCAGAGUCUCCGAGAAGUGGGGAACGCAAUCUUAUUCUGUUUGCUCAUUGAGCAAGCUUUGUCCCAAGAAGAAGUGUGCGAUUUACUUCAUGCUGCGCCAUUUCAGAACAUCCUGCCCAGAGUGUACAUAAAAGAGGGAGAGCGCUUAGAAGUCAGAAUGAAACGACUAGAAGCGAAGUACGCGCCGCUUCACCUGGUCCCACUUAUAGAGCGUCUGGGGACGGCACAGCAAAUUGCUAUUGCAAGAGAAGGAGACCUUCUGACCAAAGAGCGCCUUUGUUGUGGUCUGUCAAUGUUUGAGGUCAUCCUCACCCGGAUCCGCAGCUACCUCCAGGACGCAGUGUGGAGGGGACCACCACCGACCAAUGGGGUGAUGCAUGUGGACGAGUGCUUGGAAUUUCAUCGCCUCUGGAGCGCCAUGCAGUUUGUUUAUUGCAUCCCGGUGGGGACGAACGAGUUUACAGCUGAACAGUGCUUCGGAGAUGGGCUCAACUGGGCCGGUUGCUCGAUAAUUGUGUUACUAGGACAGCAACGACGAUUUGACCUCUUCGACUUCUGUUACCACCUUCUCAAAGUGCAACGGCAAGAUGGAAAAGACGAAAUCAUCAAAAAUGUGCCACUGAAGAAGAUGGCAGACAGGAUCAGAAAGUACCAAAUUUUAAACAAUGAGAUCUUUGCCAUCCUGAACAAGUACAUGAAAGCGGUGGAGACGGACAGCUCGACGGUGGAGCAUGUGCGCUGCUUCCAGCCUCCGAUUCACCAGUCGCUGGCCACCACCUGCUGAGACGUGGCACCGAGCACCCAGCGCUCCUGUGGAUCAUCGACUGACUGCACCGGGUUUUUCUGAAAGCUGGCAUCGGAGUUCUGCAUUUGCCCUGCGCACACCGGCUGAUGACGUGGGCCUGUUUGCCUUGCGUGGUCGAUCAAGAUGUUUAGUUUGAAUUACGCAUGCACCUGUUAAAUACAUUCCAAAAGUUUACACUGGAUCUGGAGGCGGUGGGCAAAAAUCCGGCAUAAAAAGCCAACGCUAAGUCACUUCUUUGGUUUGGAUGUUACCUGCUGGUGGGCCUGCAGUUGAUUCAUGGUAAAGUCUGUUCAUUCCUAAGUUGACUCGUGCACCGCCUCGUUUCUUUACCCCCACAUUGACUCGAGUUUACUCGAUGUAAACGAGCUUCGAUGAUGUUAUCAACUACUCCACCAUUUCAAAGUCUUUUGUUGUAAGACAAGCAUUAUAGGAGAACGCAAGCACCUUGUCUUUCCCGCUCUGCACUCGUCUCAUGCUGCCUUAAAAAUGCCUUUAGCAGCCAGUUUUCUGUAUACAGACGGGUGUCGGUUAGCGUAGGGUUUGGCAUUUAUGUGCAGUAAAAAAUGUUUCCGCUUUCCUGAAAAUAUGCAGGUGAGAAUUAAAACGUAGUCUUAGAUGUAUGUUGAAAUGUGAAAACUGAUGUUACCUUGAGCUGGGAUAGUCACCUAAUUCGACUGAGAGCGAUUUUCAUUUUUAAAAUUACGGUUAGGUGUCUACCGGUCUGUGCAAUUCUUACAUUUGCACGUCUCCCACACACUCGUGUACCACACAUGAGAGACAAGAAUUUAAAACUGCACACCCUGCCCACAGCAUGCUCUCCCAUGGAGAUGGCGGCAGCGGCUUUCUUCUGUCAACCUUGAUGGAAAGAUUAUUGUCUUGGAAGGAUCAGAAGGUAAGAAAACUCUCUGUUGCUGAUGGUGGUAUCAAUAGCACAUUUAAUGAUGGAGGCCAGUCAACAAGGACUACAACAGGGAGACCGAGGGGUGGUCUGGUGAUGCAGAGUCAAUUUCUGCCAGGUGCCCGCUGAGUGACCGUGCUAAUGUGAGAUUGAAGACCAUUUUCUCAAUGGUUGGACGCGUCUUUGAGUUCACCCUGUGACAUUUGGCUUUGUUUCCUGCCCUCCACCCUGGUACUGGUGGGCCAGACACUCUAAAUUGGCAAUGCCUGUGCAUUUAUGUGUCACAGUGGGCUUUGCUUCCAAGUUCUCCAGUUUCUUUCUACAUCCCAAAGACAAUUGGAGUGACUUGACGCCUGCUCGGUGUGAAUUGAACUGGUGUCCUGGUUCCUGUGGCAUUGCCAUCAGCUUGUGCUUCCGCUCCGUUUAACUCUCUACUGAUAAUAAUCGUAGAAAACUGAUGUAUCGAUCGUUCACACUGCUUUUCUCCCACAUUUAAAUUUUUAGAUGGCUAACUUUGCACGAGGCAGGGCGGCGUAGUGAGGUUGUGGGAUCAGAUCCCACUACUGACACCAGUGUGUGAUCGUGUGCAAAUCACUUGACCUGCCUAUGCUCCCACUGCAAAAACAAAAGAAAUGGAACCAGUCGUAUCUCAGAUGUCGUAACUCUUCUUGGAUAAAGGCAUCAGCCCGAUAAAUGAUCAUAAAUCAAUGUAACAUCUUUAAAGGCUUAAUGUUUAAAUGAACCCUUCCUCCAUUUUGUAACUCACUUGCAGCAUUGCAGGGUUGAUGAGAGGUUUAUCCAGUACUUGGUGGGCCACCAGAAUGGCAGAAGGCUUGCAGACCCCAACCCAAUGUAAAGUCACCACAAACGUUAGAUGAAGUAAAAAACUGAAGGUACCUGGAUGAACCCCCUGACACACACACACACACAUACACACACAGGGAGAACAUUCAAGCUGUACAUCCUUAGUGAGCAGGCUGGGAACUGAACCAGUGUCCUCGAGCUGUCAGGCAGCAGCAGUCACCUCUGUACCCCGUGUCACCCCCAUUGACAUAUCCAGCGGCUCAAAAUCAGCAGGUCACCGGGUGCCAGUCUAUCACAGGGUGAACACACAGCCACACACCAAAAACACACUAGGGCCAAUUUAGCAGGGAAGACCUGGGACACAAACCCUGGGCUUGUAGUUUUAAGGCAGAAGUGUAUGUACUGUAUAUAUGUAUAUAUAUAUAUAUAUAUAUAUAUAUAUAUAUAUAUAUAUAUAUAUAUAUAUA